ACGAUUCAAUCGACACGAGAGGCGAGGAUGCUGCAGUGACUUUAAAAAAAUAGAAAAAGUAACGUUUACCUCAUGCGAUGUUUACCUUGCUUUGGAGGUUGUCUUUUUUCCCCUCCCUUCUUAAAAAGCGACCAGGUUGGCUCUAUUCGUCAUCGUCGUGACGCGGCGAUUCUCGUUCUGCUGCCUCCGGGCUCGGAAUGCCCGCUUGUCCGCCUUCGGGGGUCCGCCGUGCGGGCGUGGAUGCGCGACGUGGGCGGAGACGGAGAAGACGCCGACCGCGGGGCGUGGAUUGCCGAACUGGAAACCCGAGUGCACCCGAAUUUAGCCGAACAGGCAGAGUUCACUGGUUGCCUCCCAACGAAGCAAAUUUUGCAUCCGACUCCAGAUCAAUUGCUACUCAUAUCCAGCCGCAUUUGUACGAGUGUCACAGUCAAACUGGAUACAACCAUGGCGUCUCCGUCUCGACAUGGACCUUCCAAGAGGAUUGAAGGAUUUCAGAAGUCCAUAUGGUUGGAAAGCUGGUUGAAGGCCGCCUCGUCGGCAGUCAACCUGGGCGCCGGAUCCCCGGACACGCCAGUACCACGUGAAAUCAAAGAGGCCCUGGUGAAGACAGUCUCUGUGGACAAGUUGAACCAGUAUACAAGAGCAUUUGGCCACCCUGCGUUGGUGGAGGCCAUCUCUUUGCUUUACGGCAAAUUGUACGGGCGUCCCAUUGACCCUCUCAAGGAAAUCCUGGUGACGGUGGGUGGUUACUGUUCCUUGUGCUGCACGAUGCAGGCUCUGGUGGACGACGGGGAUGAAGUCAUCAUCAUAGAACCCUUCUUUGACACUUACGUGCCAAUGGUUCGCAUGGCGGGGGCUAAACCUGUGCUGAUACCGCUACGACUUAAACCCGGUUAUAAAGCCAACUCCAGUGCCGACUGGUACCUGGACCCGGAUGAGCUGGCCAGUAAAUUCAGCUCGAAAACCAAGGCUAUCAUCAUCAACAACCCCCACAACCCCACCGGGAAGGUUUUCACCAGAGAGGAAUUACAAAUAAUCGCUGAUUUAUGCAUCAAACACGACACGCUGUGCUUCAGCGACGAGGUUUACGAGUUUUUCAUCUUUGAUGGACGCCAGCACCACAAGAUCGCGACUUUGCCCGGCAUGUGGGAUCGAACCAUCAGCAUCAGCAGCGCUGGGAAGACCUUUAGCAUCACCGGAUGGAAGAUUGGCUGGUCCAUUGGACCAGAACACCUGAUCAAGCAUCUUCAUACCGUCUUCGAGCACAUGGUGCACCACAGUCCAACCAUGUUGCAGGAGGCCCUGGCGCAACUGUUACUCGUGUAUUACAAGCAAAUGGGUCGUCCUGAGUGUUUUUUCAAGGCGCUGGCCCGAAACAUGGAAGGCAAGCGGGACCACCUAGCGACCAUGCUGCGGGAAGCAGGGUUCCUGCCCGUCAUCCCCGAGGGAGGUUUCUUCAUAAUGGCGGAUGUGUCAGAGCUUGACUUGCCACACGACAACAAUGGCGAGGACGAAGCCUACGACUACAAGUUUGCCAAGUGGAUGAUUCAGAAAAAGAAACUGGUCAGCAUUCCCGUGACGGCGUUUGUUGGGCAGGAAUCCAGCAAGGCUUUUGAGAAAUAUGUUCGAUUUUGCUUUUUCAAGUGUGAUGAGACUCUAAAUGCAGCUGAGAACAUCCUGAAGAAUUGGAAGUCGGCAGGAAACAGUGGUUAAAGAGGACUUUAGUGUUUUUGUCUGGCAUAUUUUGUGACAGUAAU